AUGGCGGGCGUACAAGAGCGCGAAAGUAGCAUGUUCGCUAUUAUCGACCAAACAACCCAAAUCGCCCCAAUGGCGAGCCUCCCUGGUGUUCACAAAGACUCAUCUCUUGAUUUAGUGAAACGUAACGAGGUCUUAAAAUCCCUCGUAACGCUUGAGGAAAAAGCUCGUCACGACUGGCACCGCAAGUGGGGUUUUCUGUUGGACUUCGACAAGUUCGUGUUGGAGGAAGCUGCCAAGCAUGGCAUUUCUGUGGAAGAAUUCCGGCGAUGGACCGUGCGACGUAAAAACAAAACUAAAGCUUUGGAUUACAUCUGGGAUCUAGAACCGGCCACUAACGUCCCUAAAACGUCGUCUGGUAUGGUGGGGUGGCGCAGCGCCCCCAAGCACCGUCUGGAGCGCACUGGGCCCCUCUAUGUCAGUCCUGUCACCACCUUACCGCCCAAGGAGCGCUAUUCUUGUAUUAUGUUAGGUUAG